CUUGAAGAAUCUGUUCACAUCACGCUUAUCAGGAAUGGCUUUCGCUCUUGCUACCUCGCGCAAGGCUCUGUCUGUCGCUUGCAAGGCGACCGGCAAGAAGGCCGCUGCCAAGCCGGCUGCUCCCAAGAGUGCUGGCAUUGAGUGGUACGGCCCCAACCGUGCUAAGUGGCUCGGCCCCUACAGCGAGAAUGCCACCCCUGCCUACCUGACUGGCGAGUUCCCCGGCGACUACGGCUGGGACACUGCCGGCCUGUCUGCUGACCCGGAGACGUUCAAGCGCUACCGCGAGCUGGAGCUGAUCCAUGCGCGCUGGGCCAUGCUUGGCGCUCUGGGCUGCGUGACCCCCGAGCUGCUGUCCAAGAACGGCGUGCAGUUCGGUGAGGCUGUGUGGUUCAAGGCUGGCGCUCAGAUCUUCCAGGAGGGCGGCCUGGACUACCUAGGCAACCCGUCGCUGGUGCACGCUCAGAACAUCGUCGCGACGCUGGCGUGCCAGGUGAUCCUGAUGGGCCUGGUGGAGGGCUACCGUGUGAACGGCGGCCCGGCUGGCGAGGGCCUGGACCCGCUGUACCCCGGCGAGUCGUUCGACCCCCUGGGCCUGGCUGACGACCCGGACACCUUCGCCGAGCUCAAGGUCAAGGAGAUCAAGAACGGCCGCCUGGCCAUGUUCUCCAUGUUCGGCUUCUUCGUGCAGGCCAUUGUGACCGGCAAGGGGCCCAUUGAGAACCUGAACGACCAUCUGGCCAACCCGGCCGUCAACAACGCCUUCGCCUUCGCCACCAAGUUCACGCCCAGUGCGUAGAAGUGUACUUUCUGGCCGUUUGUGCGCCGCCGCCGCCGCUGCGGCUGUCGUUGCUCCAGGCCUGGCUCUAGAACACUACAGUAGUCGAAAUACAGCGUGAGCGGUGAUGAAACCAGCUUUUGUACAACUAUGCCAUACAACUAUGCCAUGCAGCCAGCCAGCCUGACAAUACGAGGAUCGUUAAUGUCUGCGCAUUCGCAAAAGAACUGAGGGAUUCACGCAUGCGUGUUCGUGUUGUGUGUGUGUGUGUGUUUCAUGUAUAUCUAUGAAGUGUAUCACCUGUGGAUAAUAAUUUUUUGGCGUGGAUUAAAGUAGUGAUUAGUAAGGGCAGAUGGAUCCGCUGCAUUUGACAUUCUCCAUGCGUUGCUGAGGGUCCAUUUUGAGGCUUAGUGAGCUGCUCGUCGGGUAAUCCGCGGUCUGGUGUAUACGAGUGGAAAACCAUCGGUUGCUUGUGGUGCAGGUGUCCUGCGGUUCUUACUGCGGAGUGAUUGCUUCGUUGGCUGUGCGGAACACGCACGCCCUUGUAACAUAUAUUUUGAGUCC